CCACAACCUCCCCCCUUCUAUACGACGACACAGCAAUCCAGAAUGGCACCCAAGGAAGAGCACAGGCGGAAGCGGGUCAAGGUCGACCAGAAGAAGGCGAAGAAGACCGCAACAGAGCCCAAGACAGCUGACAUCGACAUCCCCGCGCUCGGCGAGACAGCACCCGCCAAGGACACGUUCCUGAUCACAGCUGGCACAUACGAGCGGAUCCUGUACGGCAUCGAGGCGCGGUUCGUUGGCAAGCUGCUGACGCUCUCCCCGCGGUUUAUCUUCCCGGCGCACAUUGGCUGCAUCAAGGCAGUCUCGGCUGGCGGCCGCUUCCUGGCGUCCGGCAGUACCGACGAAAUCGUCAAGCUCUACGACCUGAAGAAGCGCGUGGAGCUUGGCUCAUUGCACGAACACAAGGGAUCCAUCACCUCGCUGCAGUUCCAUGGCCACACGCACCUGCUGACGGCCAGCGACGACGGCGCCAUUUGCAUUUUCCGCUCAAAGGACUGGGAGCCGCUCAAGGUGCUAAAGGCGCACAAGGCUGCCGUCACCGAUAUCGCGAUCCACCCGUCUGGCAAGCUAGCACUCUCGGUGUCGCUGGAUAGAUCGAUGAUCCUGUGGAACCUGCUGACGGGACAGAAAGCUAGCCGCACGCGCACGCCCCAGGCGGGAGAGCUGGUCGAAUGGUCCAAGUCUGGCGCCAUGUAUGCCAUUGCGUAUGCGACCGAGAUCCAAAUCUACCGUGUUGGCCAGCCCGACGCCGUGGCCAUGGUGACGUCGCGCCAGCGUAUCACUUCGAUCCUGUUUGUCCGAGAUAAGCGCAUGCACAUCUACUCGACCGCUGGAGACGAGCUGGCAACAGCGCAGCUGCACGACAACCGCAUCAAGGGUCUGAGCGCUGUUGAGGUGACGUUCCCCGACGAAUCUGUGCACACGGUCAUUACGUCAGUGUCGUCAGAUGGGUACAUCAAGGCGUGGAAGCUCGAUGAUCUAGUCGGUGUGCUCGACCCGAAGAGCAAGCCUGAUCCCAAAAAGGUGCCUGAGCUUACGGCCGAGCCCCUGGCCAAGUACAACGCCGACGUGCGACUCACCUGCGUUGCUGCGUCUAACGAUAUUUACUGAGUGCUGUAAUCGAGUAAACAAAUUUGUCGGAUACAUGUUUGAAGUGAC